CCGCACCCACCCACGACACACAUUCUCUCCGUUCCUUGUUCCCAUCCGUCAUCCAACCAACCAACCAUCCGCCGCUGUCCUUCCAUCCACCACUCUCGAAGCGUCUGCCCGUCUUCGUUUCUACUUCUCGACUGCCACUGCCUCUUCUGUUGCCUUUGUUAGGCUCGCCAACUCCGCAAAUCCAUCUCCCACGAACUUUCUGUGGCCAGGCGCAUUCAACCAGCGCAUCCAGAUACAGACUUGUUCGUCUUCCCAAGUCCAUUGCUGCUUCAACACCAUCCCCAGACGCGGACAAUACUCACUCAUCCUGGUGAGUGUUUUGUCCUGUCCCGUGCUGUCCAUCCACCCCCGCCCUCCUCUCCUCACAGGCCAGCGCUACCACUUCCCACCACUUCAACACCACCACUACCAUCACCCCUGCCCUGUCUUGUCCCCAUCCUGUCUGUCUGCCCGUCCCUUUUGGCUUGACCGUUCUUCUCUGUCCGGAUACCUACCGCACAGCAAGGUACCUACCACCUACCUCACCUUACCUACCUCUCUGCUCUCCCUGAACCUUACGACAACCCUACCGCUCUCUGCGACUCUAAACUCCCUGCCCACCCCGACCCCCUCCACUUCCCUUCCCUCAGGUUUCCCAAUUGCCCCCAUCCCCACUUUCUUUGCCUGAGAAGAAGGUUAGAUAUACAGGCCAUCAGAACCCACCAGAGCUUAGACUCCCCAUCGGUCUUUUGCUACCUGCCGUGCAGUGUGCUGCUUCCCUUUUCUGCCACUUCGACUCUAUUCUGCUCUACCUACCACAUACCUACGCAAAGAGAGAGAGAGAGAUAGAGAAAGGGAUCGCCCUUCUGACCGUUCUUGCCUCCUCUCGCCCGCUCCUACAACCUGGAGCCUGUUACCGCUCGGUCUAUUUCGACACAACACGACACGACACCCAGGCCCGCCUGUAUCGCUCAUCGUACCACCUCUACCUACCUAUACCAGAGCUCUUAGCACCACAUUUGUAAUUACGAGUUCCUGAACCACAGAGACCUACCCGAUCGAGCGCCGCCAGAGAAACGCUCGCCAUCCCCCCUGUCCCUCCCACUCAGCAAUACACCCUGUGUCACACUUGACCUCGCAGACUCGACUGCCCUUUCGGAUCGAUACCCAAUUCGACGUCGCCUUUCCCAUCUCGCGAACUCUAUUCGCGCCAAAGACCGUCGCAAAAUCCAAUUACACAUCGCCCAGAAUAUCAUAGAAAUGGCUCAACCAGGAGUCCAGUCGUUGAAGUGUGUGGUGACAGGUGACGGUGCUGUCGGAAAGACAUGCCUGCUGAUUUCCUACACAACGAACGCCUUCCCCGGCGAAUACAUCCCUACUGUCUUCGACAACUACUCGGCGAGUGUGAUGGUCGACGGGAAACCAAUCAGCUUGGGACUUUGGGAUACUGCGGGACAGGAGGAUUACGAUAGACUGCGGCCGCUUUCUUACCCCCAGACCGACGUCUUCCUCAUUUGCUUCUCCAUUGUUAGCCCGCCAUCAUUUGACAACGUCAAGGCCAAGUGGUACCCCGAGAUCGAUCACCAUGCGCCCAACAUUCCCAUCAUCCUCGUCGGCACCAAGCUCGAUCUGAGAGAGGACCCCAACACUCUCGAGUCGCUCCGCCAAAAGCGCAUGGAGCCUGUUUCGUAUGAUCAAGCCCUGAUUUGUGCCAAGGAAAUCAAGGCACACAAGUACCUUGAGUGCUCUGCCCUGACGCAGAGAAAUCUUAAGAGCGUCUUCGAUGAGGCCAUUCGCGCUGUCCUGAACCCCCGACCCAUUCCUCAGCAGAAGAAGAAGUCCAAGUGCACGAUUCUGUAAACACGUUCGAAUGAUGUCAAGCGUUGGAGGUUAACAUUGGAAAUGGCGUAAGGAGGUGGAUUACACAGCCAAUUCUUCGCUAAUUGUCCGUUAAGACUCGACCAAGCUGCACAACUCUGUGCCUUACGCUCAUCUGAAGAAGGACGGCAUAACUUUUGAAGGCACCCUCACAGAGAGAGCACAGCUGAGCUUGGCCUGCAAAGAUCGCAACGAUCCAGAUCAUCUGCGUUCCAUGCUUGGUUUGCCACAGACAUUGCCAUGCCUCAUAAUCCUGAUGUGACGGCGUGACGAAUGGAUCGUGCUUUGUUGUACUCUUUUUCUAUCUUCUACUUUGCCUGGGGGGAAGGACAAGAGAGAGCGACAACUGCAAGGGAGAGCGAUGGACGUUGGUAGCAGGCAAGCUUUGCAUCUCACCACAAGGAUAUCCCAAGUUUUCUGUAGAUAGCACACUCUCACAAAGACACUACUUUUUUUAAAAGAGGAAACUAGACAGUGGGCCAGGAAC